AUGGAAUUAGAUAUCAUACUUUCAGAUUUUCGUGUAAAAUACAGGCUUAAUGAAGAUAAAUAUUUUGCAUUGAGAACUUGAAUCAGAGAGAACAACCACAUUGUGAUGCACUACUUCCACGAAUUUAUUGACAAUAACGAUAUUGAAGGCUUCAAAGACUGACUAUAUAAAAACUCCACUCUGCAAAAAGGGAACAAUAGAAAUGAGUUCCAAGAAAGACCUAAAACUCGAGAAGAAAGGUUCAGGAUGACUCAAAGCCAAAUGGGACCUAGAGAAUACAACGCAGCCAGCCAAGUAAGGCCUUCCACCACAAGAGCUGAGAGAAGAGGCUAUCAUAGAUUUAUUCAGGUUGUGGUUGAAAUGGAAAGUCAAGGACUCUUAGACCAAAGAGACCUAGGAAUCAUAAAAGCCUUGAUUUUAAAAGAAAACCUUGAUGUUAUGAAAGAAUUUGAUAACUAUUUUCUGCACAGCAUCUCAUUAAACGAUCUAGGGGUCAGGCUACAAAAAUUAGCUGACAGGCUAAGCUUGUAUAUGGAGAGGCCAGCGUCGCCUAUGCCAAGAAAAAAUGAACUGCAGAUCCUUGUGGACUCUUUGGUUAAAGCAAAUUUGCCUUGUGAAGAGGACAUAGAAAUCCUUAAUAAAUUGAUUACAAGUGAAAAUGAGUUUGUGUUCUCAGCUUUUGACGUAUUUGAAAGUGAUAGAGACCAAGAAGAGCUAGUAGAUUCGUUAAUGAGAGCUAUACAGAAGUUUAAAAAACAGGAUGCAUUAGAAACGCUGCCUUCUACAUCUUUUUAUCCAAAUCCGCCUCCAAUAGAAUCAGCUCCUUGCAAAGAAGACAUUAACCCUGAAUUUGUUUUAAAAAUAAUCCAAAAGACAGGGAUUGGGAAAAAUUGGGCGCCUGAGCUGAAAGGGGUAUUAAAAAGCUUGAUUCAAGAAGAAAGCAGAAUAUUAUACAAAUACUUCGAAAAUUUCCUUAAAAAUGAAGAUAAAGAAGCUUUAGAAUCUUAUGUAAAAUUUUUGUGUAACUCUUAUUAUCAAAUUCUUGUAUCACAAUUUUUCAGCCAUGACGAAAUAAAAACAAUAAAGCUUGAUAAAAAGGCAAAUAAGGUAGAAAUUUUAUCUAUUUUUGAAACUUAUGAAAAUGAUGGAAAUACAAAUAAAUUCAUAAAUUCUCUGAAUACGGUCUUAAAUAAUAGCGAAAUACCAAAAGUAGAAAUAAUGAACCAAGUCGUCCAAAUGAUUGAAGAAGAUGAAAAUGAAGGAGAAAUUGAAGCUUAUUCCUCAUUUGCCAACAUUUUAUCCCAAUCCUCUGUUUUAGCUCCUUAUCGGCAAGCCUUAACUCAGCUUUACGAUAAUCAGGACUCUGAGCUUUUAGAAGCAAUCCAAACCCAUCAAACCGACACCGGCUCAAUAGAAGAAAUUCUAUUAAAAAUUGUCCAAGAAAACAGCAUGCUUCUUGAUAUUGACUCAAAAAUCCAAGAAAUAGGGAGUUCAAGAUUCACUGAAGAGCAGGUCGCCCAUCUUCAAAAUUUAGCUGACGAAAAAGACACCACUUUGCUUAACGUUUUUGAACAGUACCAAAUCACAAAAAAUGAUGAAGAACUUAUUAGCUCUUUAGAAGUUUUUAUUCAGAGAAUGCCCAGUGUCCUUCAAAGCGAAGAAGAAGAAUUCAGGAAAUUUAUCCAAGAAAAUUUCGACGAGCCUCAGCAAGAAAAAUUAUUAAAAAUGUUCCAAAACCAGGAUUCCAGAUUAAAAUCAGCAAUUGGGCUGCAUGAUUUUGCAAGCGAUAAAGAGGUACUUGUAGAGACCUUAACCUUUUUAAUUCAAAGUAAUGAAGAUCUUUAA